AGUUACGUCCAAACUAUCCUUGCAUGAAAACAACAACAACAGACCUUAAAAAAACAUAAAAGUUAAAAGUCUGGUGCAAAAAUGGCGACAAAUCCGAAUGAAAAUGAAGCAGAGGACUGUUCAGAUAAUGAUAAUGACCAGCCAGGUUGGUUUUACCAUGCUCCUGCACGUCGCCAAUCAAAAGAGCCAGUUCUUUACCCUCCGAUGUCACAGGUUCCUGGUCUGGCAGAGGAUGACGGAAUUCCCGAGGAACCUCCAAGACCACUGUUCAGAGAUACAGACACAAAAUACAUCAGACUCGCAAAACAAGGCGGUAGAGCAAAUUUGUUACAAAUGAGAGAGAAUGGAACAGGGAAACGCGAGCCUGUGGGAUACCCAAGGAAUGAGUGGUUCUAUUUAGAGGAUAACGCCAUGGAAGAUGCUGCUGAAAAACAAAGAAAUGAAAUAUAUUUUACAUACAGGCCUACAACAGAAGUCACUGAUAAACCUAAGAUCAGUAAAAUCCUUGGGUACGCAUAUGAACGGGAGUGGCAAGACCAGCUGAAAACGUGGCAAGAGAAACAGGAGAUUGGCCGGAACAAACACAGACAGAUGACUAAUAUACCUCCGUACACGGAUGAUUUCAAAAUACAGUCCGAGUAUACAGUUAAUUUUGGAAAACGUUCAGCAGCUGUUCACUCAGAUCUCAAUAGGCCAGUAGAAACCCAGCAAUCAUCCAGGCCUUCUGAAGGAAAACAAGGAUACUCUGUAAGACAAAAUGAGACACAAAGGUUACGAGAAGCAAGAUUACAAAAACCUGUAGAUAAAGAUCCAUUUAAAAUGACAAGGUUUAAGAAUAUACCAGCCAGGAUAGAGACCCAUCGGCAAAUAGUGGCUCCAAUAAACUAGACAACUAUAACUUUAUGCAACUGUGCUGCUUUUGUUGAAAGAAAUAAAUUUCUCGUGUCUUCUUAAAUCAGGGCUUAUUGAUAACUCCAAAUAUUACAUGGGCACAAAUACACUAGACUGUAGAGUCAAAUAAAAUGUUGAAGAAA